UCGAAUUUUUUGUUCUUCUUGUGUUCUAACACCUGCAUAGACCCCGCAACCUUCAACCGUCCUAUCACGAAUGGCUCUCGCUCUGUCGUCCUGCCCUCGCUUAUCACAAGCGGCGUCGCGCCGACCAGCACCACGGCGAAGCCGCGCAACCACCGUUGUUGUGAAGGCCGUCAACUUGCGCGAGGCGAGCGACUGGGUUGCCCAGGCCUUCGUUCGCAUAUUCUCUCCUGACGACAGCAAGAUCGAGCACUACCCGACGAACUCCGGAUGGCAAGGCCGCAUCGACCACACGAGGAAACCAUUCAAGGAUAACUUCGUCAGCAACGCCCCGCUGCCUCCCAGCUCUACCCUGGAGCCUACCGAGCGGCAAACCGAGAAAGAGGAGGGCACAGCAGGCUACGUUGAGAAGGCUGUGAAGGACGUGGUAGCUGGCAUCCCCAGCGGCAAUCCCGAUGAGCCCGAAUGGCCUGAUGCUACGGGUUGGCGCGGCGACCUCCACAAGUCGGACAACAAGCGCGACAGUCGCGAGGGAUUCCACACCAAGCGGUACUAGAGGGCGGCAACAGGGUAAAGUAGGAAUGUACGGUAGCACGGUACUUUCAGGGGGCUAUGUACGGCAGUAAUGACCAGCCAACACGGCAUGUCGUACACCGUUCGUACCGUGUGUACUACUGUGUAGCGCCCAUGAGAGCCAGGGGCAAGAGGCUCUGAAGCGGAGCACGUCGAUUUGCACAAAAUUGAGGAGGUACAUACAUACUGGGUUAGUCCCUGGAACCAACCCUGGAGGGUGUUAGGAUGAGGUUACGGCAGUAUCCCUCGGUCAGCUGUAGGUGCGGUUUGAGUACUGAGUGCUUUUGCAUCACACAUUACCACCGCAUCUGAUUUGCAUGUCUUAGCUGGUGUAUCGUUUGCAGCUUCUUUUGUUUGGUAAUUGGGUUAUGAUUGGUUGUUGGUUGGCUCCUUGUUGGCCCCGUAUUGUACUACUGCCGCGGUCUCCGUUGUGCCGAGCAAUUCCUCACACGCACUGUAUCAUAUGUUUCAGUUUCAGUCGUGCCGGCAAUUGUCCCUCUGCCCCUCAGCAGCAGGAAAGCCGUGUUGGUGUGCACCCAGGCUACGUUCUGCUGGUUUGUUGUCGCCGUUGCUGUUGUUUCGUUCAUAGCCCGAUGUGGGUUGUUUCGGCAUGUGGGUUCUGCAAGCAUGCAUGUCAAUCGCAGUGUGUCUCUGGUGUGGCCAAUAGAGAAAACACAAUGCAGUACUUCGAAGGCCCUGCUGCGUAACGUGCUUUGUGUUUUUGGAAGGGCGCAGAACUGCCCCUCUUCUUCUUCAUCUUCCGUUGCCAAGUGCCGGGCCGGGCAUGCAGACGAGGGGACUCGUUAUGGUGGGGAAGUAAGUAAGAAAGCUGUGUUUGGAAUGGUGUUGCAUAGCAUACGUCAAGAGGACAUCAACGGUGUCGUACCCUUUGUUGUGACAUACCGCCAAUCUGGAGAAGAACUUACCCUACCUGGAGAAGACUAUACAUAUCGCUGGCUGAUUGGCUGUGAAGUUUGGCUGGUGGCUUUUGCGCGGUAAGAACACUGGCCCUUGUAGGUGUAUGCUACUUGGUUGGUAGCAAGCAAUGUCGCAGAUGUGAGCUGCUGGC